AGUGGAUUGAAUUGAAACGACAGUCUACCACUCAGCCGCAAAAAUGAUACAGAAACCGUCUCUUUCCCCUGCAUUGGUUAUCGCUUUUACUUCAGUUAUUGGUGGUUUUGCUUAUGCCUUACACCGACAUCCCUGACCGCUCAUCUCGCCGUCCUUCCGCAGGCUCUCAAGCCGAUCCUUUUAGAGGCGAGCCGGACACUCGUCGCACUUCGCAGUUGCGGAUAGGCAGUGACGGGCAGGUCGCACCCCAAACUGCACUACCUCAUUCCCCGGCUGGUUUGAGAAAUGAUAUUCCACAGGCGUACAUCGCGCCCGAGAAUAUUUAUAGUCACCGUUCUGAGCCCGAGGGGGUCUACCACAACACCUAUCUGACAGAUUAUCCCCAUACUGACGACAGCCGACGAGGAUCUGACGAUAGCAAUGCAACUCUCAACGAGGACAAUCGCGGUGGGGGAGCUGACGACGUUACCUUCUCGUCCUACCGGCACCCAUACGAUAUCCAGCCCCCUCCUACGGCUGUAGCCCGGGGACAUGACGAGUACAGUCGUCACUUCUAUCUCCCUACUGAGGACGGCCCCGAGGAAGAAAUGUCAGCUGAAGAUAUUGAAGACAUAGAGACCAUGAAGGCAGUCCCUGCAGAUGAACGCCGGCGUGGUCUCUUUGCCAACAUUCUUCAGUUACACGGCAUGGACCUUUUCGACGAGGACGAUGAAGAUGGAAAAAGUGUUGUGAAGACCUUCGGCGGUGCUGCGAACUCUUCUGGUCGUCCAUGGGGUUUCCGGCGCAUCGACUCUCUUGCGUCGGAGUCAGACCAGAUAAUGGACCCGGAUGAUCCUGCUGUCACUGGUACGCGCAAAGCAUCUCAAGACGAUCCCGAAGACAUUGAAAAGAACGUUCUUCGCGGCAUGAACUACAGGGAUCGACGUAAAGAGAAGCAGCCUGUGCACAAUCGUCAGCUGUUCCUCAUGAAAUUGGCGAAGGCGUUGAUGGUCUUUGGAGCACCGUCGCAUCGCAUUGAAUCUCAACUUUUAUCAGCUGCCCGAAUUCUCGAAGUCGAUGCAGAAUAUGUCAAUCUUCCCGGCAUAAUGAUCUGCUCAUUCGGAGACCACGACACAAAGACUUCCGAUACCCACUUCGUCAAGUGUGGUGGUCGGUUAUCUCUUGGUGCUCUUCAUCAAGUACAUCAAAUAUACCGUGCCGUCGUCCAUGACGAGAUCAGUGCGAAGAAGGCCACGAAGGAACUUGACGAUAUCCUCAUGGCUGACCCUGUCUAUAACAUUUAUGCUCGAUGCGUCUUCGCCUUUCUGAUUUCAUCCUUAAUCUGUCCCCUUGCUUUCGGCGGUUCCAUCGCAGACAUGUGGUUUGCCGGUAUCGGGGGCAUAGCACUCUGUCUCAUGCACUUUUGGUCGGCCAGCAAGAGUCAGAUCUAUGCCACGGUUUUCGAAAUCACCAUCACGGUUUUCAUCUCUUUCAUGGCACGUGGACUGAGCAGUAUCCCAAGCCAAAAAUUCUGUUAUACCGCUAUUUCAUCAGCAGGGAUUGUUAGUAUCCUACCUGGGUACCUUAUCCUGACGAGUUCUCUGGAGCUUGCUUCUAAAAACAUUGUCUGCGGUAGUAUCAAGAUGGUCUAUGCCCUCAUUUACACGCUCUUCAUCGGAUACGGUCUCAAUUUGGGAUCCGAUUUCUACCUGCUCUUCGACGAAUCUCAGCGAGAGGAGCUGAAACGCAUUUCAGACGGUAUGGUCGCUGCCGCCUCUCUCAGCGGUAACUUCAUCGCGGAUAAUACCUCAACUCUUUUGAACGACGUCGGAGCGCAUAUGUUUUCCGGCCAGUUCACCUUCUCAAACACAAUUCCUGUGCAGCGAGACUAUAUCAACACAGGUUGUUAUCGUCCUCCGAGUUUCGCUUGGUAUCUCCAACCUUUCCCUUGGUGGACAGAGUUUAUCAUCGUGCCCCUCUUCUCCAUACUGUCUUCUCUUUCCAACCUCCAGCCCUGGAGGAGCGUUGAACUCAUUGUCAUGGUUGUGAUCUCUUGUAUCUCGUACGCGGCCAACAAGGGAGCAGACUUCUUCAUCUUCCAGCGUUCAGACGUCGUUUCUGCCAUUGGUGCCUUCGUCAUCGGACUACUGGGCAACGUUUACUCGAGGAAGAUGGGUGGUACUGCGUUCACUUCUAUGGUUACCGGUGUUCUGUUCUUGGUACCUUCUGGUCUGUCAGCGUCCGGUGGCAUCACUGCUCAAGGAAACGGAAUCGAGAUUGGAAAUGCCAUGGUUGCAGUUACGAUUGGUAUCACUGUCGGACUAUUUAUGAGUCAGAGUUUCGUGUACAUGUUUGGGUCAAAGAAGAAUGCGGCCAUUUUCUCAUUCUAAACCUGUUCAUCCAACCUCCCACUUACUUAUCUAUCAUCUUACCGCUCUAUAGUCAGCCGUUUAGGAUGGUGGAUUACUUCAGUGUACCCCGCACAGACAUCAUUUAAACUAUCCUCAUAUCAUGAUUACUU